AUGUCCUCAAACUACAAAAAUGAGCUGCCGAAAAGCAAAUUUCGUCUGUGUCGACUACGCACAUGGCCUGAUUAUAAAACACUUGGAUUUGCUCUUGAUCAAGCAUCAACAUCCCCAGUUGCUAUUAAAAGUAUUGAAUCGAAUAGUCCAGCUGCUGCUGGGGGUCUUCGAAUGCGUGACAUGAUUCUUUGUGUCAAUAGGCAAGAUGUAUCUGAGAGUGGUACUCAAGAAGUAACUGCUGCUAUUAAAAACGCACGAGAUACUGGUGAUUACGUUGAGUUACUUGUUAUUGACGACAUUUCUUAUGACGAAUUAGGCGACUUGAUCAGGCCAUUCAAUUUUGAAAAAGCCGAAAAAUUCAGCACACCAGCAAAGAUGCCAUCUGAUUACAAGAAUUUUCCUAAAUAUACGCCACGUACUUGUGUAAUACCCAUGAGUAACAAGGAUAAAUCAUUUGGUUUUGCAAUGUUUGCUGGUGAAAAUCAAAUUGGUGCACACAUUCAAUAUAUAUUUCCGGAUUCACCAGCUAGUCAAACACAAUUACGUGCAAAUGAUCGAAUUCUUGAAAUCGAUGAUAAAUUUGUUGAUGAAGAUCCAGCAGGCAGUAUUGAUAAGAAACUUCGUAAAGCAAAACCUAGCGUUAAAUUAUACGUUGUUGAUACACAUACAUAUAAAUAUUUUAAAGAAAACGAUAUACCAUUAGAAUCGAAAAAGUUUCAAAGAAGUCAAUUUGCAAAAGACCAAUUGCAACAUGGGAACUCAAGGUCAUCAAAAAAUCCAAGCGACGACAUCAAUGAUGAUUCAACGCCUUCGGAACGCAACCAAGGUCAAACCCCGUCAAACAUAAAAGGGAAUUUUCAUCCCCCAGCAAACCAUAAAGAUGAUAUUCGUUUAUGUACUAUUUAUCGUACUGAUGCAAAAGAUAUAUUUGGAUUCCGUUAUGAUCAAGAUGAAGAAGAUGAUUGCUAUAAAGUAAAGAUUACACCGGGUCGUGACGAAAGGCCAUCAAACGCUGAACUUGCUGGUGUCAGAAACGACGAUUGUUUAAUCGAAAUAAAUGAUGAACUAGUUGAAGACCUUAACAGUGCACAAAUAAAAAAACUGGUAACUGAUACCGAAUAUCCACAACCAUUGAAAUUAUUAGUCGCCGACGUUGAAACAUAUAAAUAUUAUCAACAAAACGAUAAACCAAUUCGUAGAAAUCUUCCAAGUGUUAAAGUCCUAACAAAUAGACCCCGCCGGUCUUCGUCAUCCAAUAAUUUAAAAAAUUCAACUAUCCCACAAUUAAUACAAUCUUUCCCACAACCACCACCUCAAAAGUUACCAGGAUCGGGGAUAUUAAAUUUAUUUAACGCUAAUCCCAUGCAACCAAACAGACCAGGAUCAGAUUCACGAUUAAAUCAACGAUCUUAUAAACUUCAACCUAGUGAAGGCUCGAGUGACUAUGGUUUUAGUGUAAAACCAUUGGGAAACAAUAUUAAAGGACACAAAAUUGCUCAAAUCACGCCAGGCUCACUUGCUGAUAAGCAAGGUCUUCCCGCUGGUAGCUGUAUUAUAUCUGUUAAUGGCCAAAAUGUUCAACACAUGGAUAAAGAGGAGUUCAAAAACUUUCUGCGUACUGAAUUGGCGAAUGGGGAGGAAAGGAAUAAACCGUUAUUGUUGGAAGUUAUCGAUGAAGAUUCAUAUAUAAAUCAACAAUCACUUCGUAUGUCUAAUAAACAAACACUGUCAAACUCUCGAAGUUCUUCUGAAUUUACGGUACCGCCGCGCAAAGAAGCUUAUCCCGAAAUGCGUCGUUGUAUUAUUCGAGCUUGGCCACAAUACAAACAACUUGGUUUUGAUACCGCGCCAUUGCCGCAUGCAGCGCUUAGACAAAAGGGAUGUAAAAUACAACAGCUUGAUGUAGAUUCACCAGCUGCUCGUACGCAUAUUCACAAUGGUGAUUACAUAAUUGAAGUAAAUGGCGACAAUAUUGAAAACGAAGAUUAUCAACAUGUUGACGACCUUAUUCAUAGCAGAUAUCGACGAGAUCAACGUAUUGAAUUAUUGGUUAUCGAUAAUGAUGGUUAUCAAUGGUAUCAAAAUCGUAAAUAUCCUAUUGAUCCAACGUCAAAAAAAGCGAAUAUUGUUCGACAUGAAACACCGGAUCCUCCACGUGUUGUAGAUUCAUCAAGUGACUCAGAUAGUGCGGGAAAAUCUUCAUCAAGUAAGUAUGCUAAUGCUCCUACAAUUGCAAAUCCAAAUGCAAGUACAACGAAUAAAAUAAACAAUGGAUUACAAACUAAAAUGAAUCAAUCGUCGCAGAAACCAUCUUCUAUUUUGCAGCCGAGUAAAAAUGCAUCAUCGCGUUAUGCGGACGACACUUUAUCCCUAGGAUCCAUUGAUAUUGUCUCUCAAAACAAUCUACUUCGUAUAUGUCGGUUGACUACGACACCUGGUCAAAAAUUUGGUUUUGAAUUAAAUCCUAAUGAUGACAGACAUAUCAUUUCAAAUGUUGUCAAAAAUUCACCAGCAGCUCGAUCUAAUUUAAAUGAAAAUGAUCGUGUGAUUCAAAUCGAUGAUGUAAACGUAACAGAUCAAUCGCAUAAAGUGGUAUUGGGUUUAAUUCAAAAUGCUUCUCGAAAUGGUAAAUUACGAUUACUUAUUGCACCCCGUAAAAAAGAAUCAACAAAAAGUGCAACACAACUGACAUUCGUACCGACAGAUAAUAAUCAUGGUGGAAAUACAACUUUACAUCCAACAUACAGCAAAACACAACGCACGUCAAUACGUGCAUACCACUCACUAUCAUAUAUUCCCAGUGGAUACAUAAGAUGUGAUCAUUUGCAUAAUAAUAAUCAUUUUGCUUAUGAAAUACCGCGACCUAAAAAACCAUGGCCACGUGAAUGCGUCGUUCUUCGAGAUACAUCUUCAUCUCGAUGUGGCUUUCGAAUAACUCAACGAGAGAAUUAUGAUACACCAAUCAUUGUUGAUGUCAGUCCAAAUAGUCCUGCUCAACGAAGUGGUUUAAGUAAAGGUGAUCAUAUAAUCUAUGUUGAAUCACGCAAUGUCCAACAAUCUACUUUCCAGAACAUUGUUGAUUUAAUUAAACGUACAUUUGAUGAAAAUGGUCAACUUACACUUGUUGUAUUAACAGGACCAGCCUAUCACGAAUUCAAACGAUGUGGCGGCUAUUUAGAAAUAAAGCCGUUCAAUUUUCAAUCACCAGAGACUGAAAACAUGAAACCACGCUUAUGUAAAUUAAAAUUAUCUAUCGAUGAUUAUGAUUUCGGCUUUACAUUAAAAAGAAACGGAGUAUUAUAUGUUCAAUCGGUUGAACCAGAUUCACUAGCCGAUCUAUAUGGUAUUAAAGAAGAUGACGUUGUAUUGGAAUUAAACGGUCACGAUACAAAAGCUUUAUCAAUGAAUAAAAUAAGUGAAAUGGUUGAAUUAAGUAAACAAGCACGUGAAUUAGAAGUUCUUGUUAUUGAUCCUGCUGGUUACGAAUUUUCAAUAACGCAUGCUAUACCCAUUAAUUCACAUUUACCUUUUGUUGAAACCAAAGUAGAACCAGUUCUAGGCAGCGAAAAUCGUGCUCAAAAUGAUCCAGUUUAUUUAUAG